AUGAUCCUCCGCGUCGUCGUGCUCGCGGCCGCCCUCGGCCUCGUCCUCGCGAGCAUCACGACCAACGGCGAAGCCCUACGGCGCGGUCUGCCGCCCCUGCGUCCAAAGCACCUCUUCAACCACGCCGCCGUCAAGCACCACCACAUCCCGCGCGCGAGUGGUGCGCCUCCGGCGGUGGCCACCGUGUUGCCCGCAACCGGCUCCAACUUUGAACACUCGUGCACCAACAUCGCCGUCUCGACCACUGCCGGCGUGUCGACGCUCACGGCGCAGUGCGACGACGGCACGGGGACGCAUAUGUCGUCAUCGCUCGACCUAUCGACAUGCUACACAUUCAACCACAACACCCUCGCGUGCACGCCCGGCUCGACGACGCCCCUCGCGCCCCGCUGCUCGAUAUGCACCAACACGCUCCAGACGGGCACUUACUACUCGCGCCUCGAGUGCGUGUGCUAUCUCAUGAACAAUGUCAACCAGGGCAACCUGGCCGCUGAUAUGGGCGCGUGUAUCGGUAACCGCGGCGGCGUGCUGUACUGUGGGCCGUAA